CAAGUAGACUUUGGAUUUGUCUUCUAACCAAAAGACUUACACACCUGCAUACCUUACAUCAAAAACUCGUUUAUCGCUACAUAAAACACCGGGAUAUAUUUUUUAUAUACAAACUUUUCAAAUCGCGCGCCCUCUUCAUAAUUCACCUCCACCACACCACGUUUCGUAGUUGCUCUUUCGCUGUCUCCCACCCGCUCUCCGCAACACAUUCACCUUUUGUUCGACGACCUUGGAGCGACUGUCGUUAGUUCCGCGCGAUUCGGUUCGCUCAAAUGGUUCCGAGUGGUUCAUUUCGUCUCAAUAGAAAUUAGUAAUAAAUAUUUGUAAUUUUUUGUGACCUGUUCGGAGUGAUUAGCGUUACAAUUUGAACUGAAAGUGACAUCCAGUGUUUGUUCCUUGUGUAGAUGCAUCUCAAAAAAAUGGCAAACAAAAACAAACGGAGAAAUAAUAGCAGCCAAAUAAAGGAUAAACGGCGAGCAAAGCCGCAAAAAACCACCAGAAUGAAUAUCGAUUCGCUGAAAAACGAGUGGGAAGAACUCAAUAAGGAGUUUGCCGAACUGGAGAGCUGCAACAGGCGGUACAUCGAGCUGCUGGAACAGCUGCACAGCCAUCAACAAAUCUGCUUCAAUGAGAUCAAGCAUCAGCGGUACCGCAUGAACCAGAUAACGACGUCUCUGCGACAGUUCAAAGGGCCCGUUCCGGCGGAGGACAAGGAGAAGGUCGAUGACCUGCACAAGAUGACCUUGAAGCGCAAAGCGCAACUGCACGAAAUCGAGCAAUCCUUGCCAGCGAAAUCCGGCCGCUAUUUGCAGAUAAUCCUGGGCGAUGUAAAUGUCUCGAUUCUCAACAGAAACGACAAAGUUCGCUAUAAAGAUGACUAUGAAAAGUUUAAAUUAAUACUCAACGUAAUUGGACUGAUAAUGGCCUUCUUCAAUUUGAUAUUCAACUACAGGGCCCUGGAGCUGGCCUUCAUAUUCCUGUUGGUCUGGUACUACUGCACCCUGACCAUUCGCGAGUCCAUCCUCAAGGUGAACGGCUCGAGGAUCAAGGGCUGGUGGCGGGCGCACCACUUCAUCUCUACGGUCGCCGCCGGUGUUCUAUUGGUUUGGCCACAGGGCGAGCACUGGCAAAUCUUCCGGAUGCAGUUCAUGUACUUCAACGUCUACAUUAGCAUUGUCCAGUAUUUGCAGUUUGGCUACCAGAAGGGCCUGCUCUAUCGACUGAAGGCGCUCGGCGAGCGGCACAACAUGGACAUCACCAUCGAGGGCUUCCACUCGUGGAUGUGGCGCGGUCUGAGCUUCCUGCUGCCCUUCCUGUUCAUCGGCUACGGUUACCAGGCGUAUAACGCGUGGACGCUCUACAAGUUGGCCUACAGCCCGCCGGAUGCGCCGUGGCACGUGUCCGUGAUGUCCGGACUGUUCCUGCUGCUCUUCGUGGGCAACAUGGCCACCACUUUAUGGGUGGUGCCCGAGAAGAUACGCGAACGGGCCAAGGAGCGCUACCGACUCCAGAGCAUGGGCAAGUCGAUGAAGCUGCGCAAGGAGAUGAAGAAUAGCGCCAGUGAUUUGGACCUCUCGAGCGGAUCGAAACUUUCGCCAACAGCGACCACGACCACUUCCAUUGCGACUGCGACGCAAACGCCCGCCGAGAAGAAGGAAACUUAAACGAAUCAGUGCGAUGAUUCUGAUUAGCCUGGCAUUUCAAUUGAACAUAUAUUUACUGUUUUUACUACGUUUUUUUUUUCCUAUUUAUUAAAUUUUCCCUUGGUUUUGUUCCUCUCCCCUUCCCAGCCACCAAAACGACUUUGAAUUGUGUUUUUUUCCCCCAUUUCAUACACAUAAUGUAAAACUGUUGUACAUUUGAAGCAAACACUAUAUAAGCAAAGAAAAAACAACAAUAUGUAGUCACAGUACACAUUUUUUUUUUUCGCCUAAUUGUAAGUAUGAAAAGUGAGAAGAUGAAAUAUUAAAUGGAAUUGAAGUGACCCGUUUUUGUUUAUUUUUUAUGUUUAGACUAAGAUUGAAAUGGAAGCUAAAAAAGACAAAUAAAUGAGAACGAAUGGUUAAUAAU